CUACGCUUCUAAAAAUCACACUUAUUCCCCUUUCUCUCGCCCCCCUCCUCCUCCAAGUAGUUCUUUCAAAUCCCAAUCCUCUCCUGCUCUGAUUCAUUCUAUUCGUUUAACAGGCACCCGAGACCUCUCUGGCCCUGGUCCCCAGAUUCGAUUCCGCGUUUAAAAAAAGCACAAGCGAGCGACGUAUACAACUUUUUGUUAAAGAGAAGAGGAUGGUCGGCGGCGGCGGUGGUGGUGGUGGAGCUAGGGUUUCGAUUCCGGCGAAGACUAGGAAGACGAUUCAGAACAUAAAGGAGAUCACAGCUGGGAACUACAGUGAGGAGGAGAUUCACGCAAUGCUCCUCGAAUGCAAUAUGGAUCCUGACGAGACCACUCAGCGCCUUCUCCUUCAGGAUCCUUUCCUUGAGGUUAAAAAGAAGCGUGAUAAGAGAAAAGAGCAGAGCCUUAGCAACAAGGAGUCUGUUGAACCACAAUGGAGAUCUGGUGGCCCAGGCCGUGGUGGCAGGGGUGGUCGGGUGAAUUUCUCUUCUCGUCAUUCAUCACAUGAUGGUGCUGGUGCAAAGAAUUCUUUCAGAAAAGAAAAUGGUCCAAAGCAGGUCACCGAUCCAUCAUCUUCAACCUCCCAAGAAACAAAAGCUAAAGACAAUGCAGUGUCAAGCCAUUCAGCUGUGAUGGAUAAAAGUGCUGUUAGUUUGACAUCAGGAAGCUCUGAUGUUAAUCACCCUUCCAACCGUCCAGCUCGUUCAGGCCAAGGCAAAGCUACUGGAUCUUCAGUCCCCUCAAACAGCAUUGAUGUUGUAGCAUUGGGCGUUAAUGAUGUGCAUACUGAGCAGAAGUCGGCUGGUUCUUUGCCACUCCCUCGUCCAUCCUCCUCUGAGGUUCGAUUCACUUCUUCAAAUCCCAAAUCUAUGAGCGACCAAACUUCACAUGAACAACACAUUGGAGAAGGAAAGUUCCAUAACAGAGCUCGUGGGGUUGUGAAGAAUGCCGUGAAUGACGCUUAUGUUCCCAGGCCUGCUUCAUCUCAUAGCAACAGCACGGGUAGCCGGCCUUCUUCUAACUACAGUAAUCGGUCGCAUCAGACUGCUGGUCCUCAAAGAGGUAAGGAAUGGAAACCGAAGCCGGUGAACCAUAACACUACUCAGGGCUCUGGUGCAUCAGCUACAACCGAAACUCUUGUAGUUCCUACUGAAGCCAGCGAAAAAUCUGUUGAAGAUGUUGUCCCUUCUGCAGAGGGUACAUCUAUAUUGCAGAGGCAGCUUGAAGACUUGCAGAUCCAACGUCAGCAUGUUAUUAUUCCAAACCAUAUCCUUGUUCCAGAGGCUGAACGAACCAAGUUUAGCUUUGGAAGCUUUGGUGCUGGCUUUUCUAUAACAUCAAGCACAGUAGCUUUUCCAGAGACUAAGAAAAGCUCUGUACCUCUCUCUCAGAAUUCACAGGAAGUUGAAGAUAGUUUGGAAGAGGACGAAAUUAGUCACCCAACUGGCGAUUCGACUGAAAAGGAGGAGGACAAUAAUGUUUACUCCGAGUCGUCUUCACAAGUUCCAAAUGAUAUGGCUGGUGAAGGUAUUACCGCAACAGAUGCAGCUCCAGAGUAUGAUGUCUCCAAGCAAGAGAAUAUUUUGGAAUCCGAAGGCAAUCAAAACUCUUUUGACCACGUUCCAAGUAAUAUGAUCGGGCUCGUUCCUCCAGCUCCUGGGAGCCAGCUUCCACAAUUUGAGAAUGCUGACCCUCAAGCACGUGAUGCCCUUCGUAUUCCCAAUUUUGUGGUCCAGCAGCCAUUUGAUACAGCGAGUUACUAUGCUCAAUUCUACCGCUCUGGCCCUGACAGUGAUGGCCGUGUUUCUCCCUUUACUGCGUCUAAAUUCAAUGGCAAUGUUACAGCGUUGCCUCCGCAUUCAUCUCAAACUAUGCAAGAGGGUGGAAACAACUUAGUGCUGUCGACAGCUAGUCCAACUCCACUGGCAACUCAGGCUGCUGGGCUGAUGCAGAGCUCUAUACCCGUCUCGCAGCAGCCUGUUCCUGUUUUCCGCCCCCCUGGAUUACAUAUGUCGCAUUAUCCACCAAACUACAUGCCAUACGGACACUACUUCUCCCCGUUCUAUCCACCUCUCCCGACAAUGCACCCGUUCUUAAGCAAUGGUGCAUUUGCUCAGCAGCCUCAGGCAAGCGGUGUAUAUCAUACUCCUCCACCCCCGGGAGCCGCAGCAGGAAACAAGUACACGCUUCCUCAUUACAAGCCCGGGACUAACACAGGAAACUUGGCUCAUGUUGGUAUGCCUGGUGGUUACGGACCACCGUAUGGUUCCUUUCCAGCCGGGUAUAAUAAUCCCACCUCUGCUGCUUCAGCUGGGAAUUCAAAUACCAGUGAGGAUCUCAGCACAUUGCAGUUGAAGGAAAACAACGGUUACAACACAACAGGGCAACAGAGUGAAGCAUUGCCUGUAUGGAUUGCUGGACCAGGACGAGAUGUGCCAAGCUCUUUCUACGGCUUACAGCACCAUGGGCAACACGUGACUUACGCUCCAGCGCAAGCCGGCCACGUCGCAUUCCCGGGGAUGUAUCAUCAUCCAGGGCAAGCGGUGACAGCAGGAGGAGUUCAUCACCCGCUCUUACAACAGUCUCAAGGUGGUGGUGUUGCUGGUGGAGCAGAAAUGGUUGCACCCGGUCCUAACGUUUUCCAACAGCCUCAGCAAACACAGAUGAAUUGGCCAAGUAAUUACUGAAACAGGAAGUACAAAGAAGAUAAAUCUCCAAAGAAAAUCAGGAAGAUAUGGUGCAGGUUUCGUUGACUUGCGUGUGUGUGUGUUUGUGCCAUUUUAACAAAUUACCGAAGAGAUGAAGCUUUGAAGCAUGAAGGGAUUGACAGAGAGAAUGAUCAUAAAAGGAUAGGGGGGAAGGUAUUAUUUUUUUAAUGAAUCAAGUGUUUUUUGGUGUUUCUAUAUCUUUUUUUGUUUCUUAUGGUUUUAGCAGAAUUUUUACUUUCUUAGUUUUGAGAGAGGUCGUUCUUAGCUCUCUUUAUAAGUUUCUGAGCUAAAGCCAAAAGAACUUUGCUGCCUGAGUCUGUAUCUGAAGACUCUUUGUUCCUUUCUUGGCCUUUUGGUCUUUUGGUCAAUGUUUUCAAAUCUGUGAAAGCAAUCAAAUUUGGACCUACUUUCUUGA